AAAGGAAUACAAGCUAUGCAUAUUAACGGACGGAGGAUGGCGAUGGCGAAGGCGAUCCAGCGAGAAUGGACAGAUUUCACACGCAGUUUGAAGAUUAUGGGUUUCUGGUUUUGUGGGUUCGAUCCAAUAAUGAUGAUUCACGAGAACUAUGAUAUGUCACAAUCAAGGGCUGCUGCGGGAGGAUCCAACAAAGGCAAAGAGUCUCUCAUGCCACGCUUGAAGAUCACAGUUCCCCGGUUUGACAACACUGAGCUAAUCAAGGCAUAUUCACGCACUCUCAUUGGAAGAUGCAUGAACCCGGGGGCGCAGGAUAUGAAGUCAUUGUUAUACAUGAUGCCUCGCAUAUGGAAUGUGGAGGAACGAGUUGCUGGUGCUGAUCUUGGCAUGGGGAAAUUUCAAUUCGACUUGGACGAGGAGCAGGACAUUACGGCAGUUUGCAAAUGGAACCAUUCCACUUUGAUGGGUGUGGUGAUCUCAGGCUUUACGGGAGACGAAAAGGGUGAUAAGGUGUCCGCAAAUAGUAACCAGGUGGAGCCGUCAAGGAAUAAAGGGAAGCUGGUAGACUCAUGGGAGGGUAAGCGAGCCAGUUCUCAUGGUGACAACAGAAGCAGAGGUGCUGGCGAGGUUUCAACGGGGCUUAUGACACAACCAGGCAAUUUCCACCAAGGGGAACGAGAAAACGGUUUGAGGGAAGGAUGCGAAGCAUUCAUCGGCCUACUGAAGGGUAUGGGCAUGGCUAUGGGAUUCGUGGUGGAGACCAAACGACAUCUAUGGUGCCUAAUAAUGAUGGAACCUCUGGUACGUAAGGAAUUAAACUUUGAGGAGGUAGUUGUGGGAAUGGAUGAGCUCGGCAAUAUGAUUGACCAGGUUGUGGUGACUGAAAGUAACGAGUCGGUGGAGAUUAAUGAUUUACAAGUAGAUGUAAAUGGCUUGGAUAUGGUCUCUACGAACAUAAAUAUGGAAAUACAAGAGGGUUUUGAUAUGGUGAAUGAUAUGAGUCCCUAUGAAUACGCGGAAGCUGAUGCACAAGGGAACUUAGGAGAGGAUAAAGGAGGCCAAGUGUUAUCUGGAUUGACGGCUACCGAUCAGGUUCAGGAGGAGGUCAUAUAUGAGGAAAUUGCAGCCGGUGAGGAGAUAGCCGCUGGAGUAAUGCUCGAACCAGAGGUACCAAAAGGACCCCAUAAAGCGAGGGCUAAGAAGAAGUUAUUCAAAGCAACUGUUCAGAUGGGUGGCGGUUCAAAGAAACUAAUUCAGGCUGCAACUCCAAGUAAGAAAGAAGGUGGGUUCAAGGCUAUCACAUCGGCUGGUCGACAGUGGGAAAGAGAACUUGCGGCGUCUGAGAAGACAGUGAGAAACAUUCAGGCCCAAGUAACUUUCAUAUCGUUUCAGACAAUCCUUUACUAUGAAUUCUGUAAACAAACUCUACGGAAAUAA